UUGUGUGAUGAUGCAUUAGCCCAGAAAUCCAGCUUGAGGCUGCGUCUCCAGGAGCCCCCACAAAUGGAAUGGGUCCCCCACCUGCAGCUUCCCAUUGCUGCCAGGAAGAGGCUCUGGUGGUCCUGACUUCUCUAAAGAAGAACUGUGGAUUGUCCAGAACAAUCUGGAAAGGGGUUAAAUGUACUUGGGCUCUUUGGACUGCAGCCCAGAGACUUGGUCAGUGUAGUUGGAGAGGAGGCUGAGGCAGGGGCUGGACACACCCAAGUCAGGGUCCUGGGCCCGUUGCAGGCCCUGUGGAGCCACUGCGUCCCCAGAGAUUCAUAGCCUCCAGGGCUGAGGGCCAGAUCCAGAGGCGGAGCGCUCAGCUCUGUGCCAACACAGCCAAACAUGUAGACCUACUGGGCACCCUUUACUUCAGGCUCACUGUGAUGGCGGCUGGGGGUCUGCCCUUCUGUGAGAAUUGGGGAAACCAUCUCCCAGGCUACUCGGGGCUCCUGUGAGAAGCUCAGUGAUGCGUGUCCUCAGCCCUCGCUCCGCAGUUGAAGAGGGGUUCGUGCCGUCUGGACAGAUGUGAGCAGCCUCAGGGCCAGCCUCCUUUCUCUGCGGGCUGUGCCCAACCCUGACCUAGCCCAGUGUGGGCCUUUCCCUGUGUGCUGCACUCCAUCCUCUCAGCUCCAGGCACCUGGCGCUCUCACGCUGUGGGAGUGGCUUGGGCAGGUCCCCAAGGUGUAUCCCCCCCACCCCACCCCAACGCCUCCCAUCUGCCCUGUGGCGGCUUAUCAGGUAACCAGAGCCAGCAGCUUCAUCCACAUCUGAAACCAGAAGCCCCGGCCUGUGCAUGAGUCACCACUGAGAGCCCGGGCCAGAGGAUGGAGGAGCAGCGGGCACUCGUGGCCGCCAAGGACGGGGAUGUGGCAACACUGGAGCGGCUGCUGGAGGCUGGCGCCCUGGGCCCGGGCAUCACCGAUGCUCUGGGGGCCGGCCUGGUUCACCACGCCACCCGGGCUGGCCACCUGGACUGUGUCAAGUUCUUGGUGCAGCGGGCCCAGCUGCCCGGCAACCAGCGGGCCCACAAUGGGGCCACCCCCGCGCAUGACGCCGCCGCCACAGGCAGCCUGGCCGAGCUGUGCUGGCUGGUCCGCGAGGGGGGCUGCGGUCUGCAGGACCAAGAUGCCUCGGGCGUCUCCCCGCUGCACCUGGCCGCCCGUUUUGGACACCCGGUGCUGGUGGAGUGGCUGCUCCACGAGGGCCACUCGACCACGCUGGAGACCCGGGAGGGGGCCCUGCCGCUGCACCACGCCGCUGUCAGUGGGGACCUGACCUGCCUGCAGCUCCUGACAACUGCACAUGGCAGCAGCGUGAACCGGCGGACACGCAGUGGUGCCUCCCCACUCUACCUGGCCUGCCAGGAGGGCCACCUGCACCUGGCCCAGUUCCUGGUGAAGGACUGUGGCGCUGACGUGCACCUUCGUGCUCUCGACGGCAUGAGCGCCCUACACGCUGCCGCCGCCCGCGGCCACUACUCCCUCGUCGUCUGGCUGGUCACAUUCACUGACAUCGGACUCACGGCACGGGACAAUGAGGGGGCCACGGCCCUGCACUUUGCAGCCCGAGGCGGCCACACGCCCAUUCUAGACCGACUCCUGCUGAUGGGUGCCCCGGUCCUGAGAGACUCCUGGGGUGGGACCCCCCUCCACGACGCAGCAGAGAACGGACAGAUGGAGUGCUGCCAGACCCUAGUCUCCCACCACGUGGAUCCCUCCCUGCGGGAUGAAGAUGGUUACACGGCGGCGGACCUGGCAGAGUACCACGGACACCGGGACUGUGCCCAGUACCUGCGGGAGGUGGCCCAGCCGGUGCCCCUGCUGAUGACGCCCCCACCACCGCCGUUCCCCCCACCUCCACUGUUGGCCAUGAGGCGCUCCCUGGAGGAUGGAAGAAGAGGAGGCCCAGGGCCCGGGAACCCCACCUCCACAUCCCUCAGCCCGGCCUGGCCUGGCCAUCCUGACCAGCCUCUUCCCAGGGAGCAGGUGACCAGCCCAGCCCCUCCGAGGAUCACCACCAGUGCCAUGGCUGACCCUGCGGGGACAGAGACUGCGCUGGCGGGGGACGCCUCAGAUGGCCUGGCGGCACUGCAGCUGGAUGGGCCGCCCUCAGGCGACAUCGACGGGUUGGUGCCCACGCGGGAUGAGCGCGGCCGGCCCAUCCCAGAGUGGAAGCGGCAGGUGAUGGUGCGGAAGCUGCAGGCGCGCCUGGGCGCAGAGAGCUCCGCAGAGGCCCAGGACAAUGGUGGGAGCUCAGGCCCCACAGAGCAGGCGGCCUGGAGGUACUCACAGACCCACCAGGCCAUCCUGGGGCCCUUUGGGGAGCUACUGACGGAGGACGACCUGGUCUACCUAGAGAAGCAGAUUGCAGACCUGCAGCUUCGGCGCCGCUGUCAGGAGUAUGAGAGUGAGCUGGGCCGGUUGGCGGCUGAGCUGCAGGCCCUGCUGCCCAAGCCCCUGGUCAGCAUCACAGUCAACAGCCACUUCCUGCCCAGGGCGCCCGGACUGGAGGCUGAGGAGGCCUCAACCCCAGCAGCUGAGCCCACAAGCUCUGCGGAGGCCUCGGAGGUGGCCCCCGGGGGGCAGCCUCUGCCCUUCUGGUGCAGCCACAUCUCCCGCCUGGUGCGCAGCCUGUCCCUGCUGCUGAAGGGUGUGCAUGGGCUGGUGCAGGGGGAUGAGAAGCCGGCCACCCAGCCCCUGCAGGAGACCUGCAGGGAGGCCUCGGCCAGCCCCCCUCGGAGCGAGGCCCAGCGCCAGAUCCAGGAGUGGGGGGUGUCUGUGCGGACGCUGCGCGGCAACUUUGAGUCGGCCUCCGGCCCACCCUGUGGCUUCAACCCUGGCCCCUGCAAGCCAGGGACCCAGCGCAGGCAGUGCCUGGGUGGCUGCUGGCCGGCCCUGCCUAAGCCCUGCAGUGGCCUGGCUUCGGGGGAGCCCAGGCCGGGCGACACAGAGGAGGCCAGUGACUCCGGCAUCAGCUGCGAGGAGGUGCCAUUGGAGGUGGGCGCUGCAGCCGGCCCGGACCUGGCCAGUCUGCGCAAGGAGCGCAUCAUCAUGCUCUUCCUCAGCCACUGGAGGAGGUCGGCCUACACGCCGGCCCUCAAGACAGCAGCCUGCAGGACCCUAGAAGCCCGCCAUGCGGGGUUUCGGGGCAAGGAGGCCACCAGGAGCCCUGGACCACCCUCCUUGCCUGGCGAGGGCCCCCGGAUGGGCCACCUGUGGCAGCAGCGCAGCACCAUCACCCACCUGCUGGGCAACUGGAAAGCCAUCAUGGCUCACGUGCCCACCCGGCAGCUGCGGCGGCUAAGCCGGCGGCCCCGCGGGGCCCUGUCCCCCGAGCAGUUCCUGCCCCACGUGGACGGGGCUCCCGUGCCCUACAGCAGCCUCUCGCUGGAUCUCUUCAUGCUGGGUUACUUCCAGCUCCUGGAGUGCGACCUGCCGGCUGAGGAGCGGAAGGUGCGCCACCUGCUCUGCUUCGAGGUCUUUGAGCACCUGGGCACCCACGGCUGGGAGGCGGUGCGCGCCUUCCACAAGGCUGUGACCGACGAGGUGGCCGCCGGCCGCCGGGCCUGGACCGACGGCUUCGAGGACAUCAAAGCCCGCUUCUUCGGCUCCAGCCAGGGUCCCGCCUGGGAUACGGAGCCUGGCCGCAAGUCAGGCCUGACCCCGCUCGGGCCCCUGCCGCAUGCCGCCGUCCCCUGCAGCGGCCCUGAGCCCACAGCACAGCGGCUGGGGUCUCGCUCCCAGCGGGGCAGCUUCAACAGCGAGGACAUCUGCGGCUACAUCAACCGGAGCUUUGCCUUCUGGAAGGAGAAGGAAGCUGAGAUGUUCAACUUUGGAGAAUGACCCAGCUGGCAGCCUGCUUUCCAGAAGGUGGUUUGGGGGUAACUUGGGGUUUCUCUUUUCCUUGCUCACACCCUUGGUGGCCGGGUGAGCUGGGCAAGGCUGCCUCCAGGCCUGCGGGUUAUCGGAGGCUGCGGGACUCUUCUGUUGUGGCAUGCUUCUCCUCCGAGUUGGGACUCAGACUCCUUCUCACCACUGCACCCAGGAAGCCCCUGGGCAGGCCCUGAAGUUAG